UAUCAGCACAACAAUAAUAAGAUAUCCUUUCCUUCCAUGAAAAGCUCCUCAAAGAGAUAGGAGCAGAAGCAGAGAGAGAUGGGUUUUCCUCCGAAAUUAGCUGUAACCAUGGUGAUUGGGUUAUUUGGGGUGUUCUUCAGUCUGGUAUCAAGUGAUCCUAACACAAAGGUGGAAAAAGUUCUGUGCAAUUCAGGUGUGUACUCAAAGGGAGAUCCUUUUGGUAUUAGUUUAGACUAUGUCAUUACAGAUCUUGAGAGUUCUACACCCACAGACAAGGACUAUGAUUACCGCAACAUCUCUCCUUAUCCAAAUUCUUAUGCAUAUGGUCAUGCUGCUUGUAACAAGAAUCUUACAACCUCAGACUGCUCCACAUGUCUCGGUGCUGCUGAAACAGCCAUGUUUGGUUCUUGUCAGAGCCGGAUUGGGGCUCGUUCGGUGCUCACUGAUUGUACAAUGAGGUAUGAGCAAUACCCAUUUGAUGAUUGAUUUGUUUGUGGUCUCUUGUCUGUUUGUCUUUUGGUGUAAUGAAGGUUUUCCUCCGCCAUAAGUGAGAUCUGUUAAUAAAAUUCUCAAGAUGGAAGAACACUUCCACUCAAAAUCUCAA